GCGCGCGGGAGAUUAUAAUUUCAAUCAAUCAGUCGUAGAGAGAAAUGGCGACGGAGGAUUCGAUGAUCGAAUAUUUUGAUGAGGUGCUGAAAGGAGGUAGCAAAGAGUUGGUAGUCGACGAUGACCUUCAGGAGAUGACUAGGACGGCCGUCUGGAGCGUCAGCUCCUACAAGCCUCCUGGCAAUGAUGUUACGCGUCUCCAUGAUAACAACAUGGAAACAUUCUGGCAGUCCGAUGGCGUUUUGCCUCACCUUAUUAAUAUUCAAUUUCAGAGGAAAGUGAAGCUAAAGAUGGUGGCCGUUUACGCUGAUGUCGAGCUGGAUGAGAGCUACACACCCAGUCAGAUAAGCAUUAGGGUCGGAGAUGGUUUUCAUCCUCUAGAGGAAGUUACAGUUGUGAGGCUUGUGAAGCCAACUGGCUGGGUUUAUAUUUCGCUAUCAGGAGAUGAGCCGAGAGAAACUUUUGUAGACACUUUCAUGUUGCAAAUAGCCAUUUUGCGUAAUAAUUUGGAUGGGAAGAAUACACAUCUGCGCCAGGUGAAAGUUUACGGGCCACGACUUAAUCCCGUCCCACUCCAACCGUUUCAUUUCACCUCAAAGGAAUUCAUCACUUACUCCACUAUCAGAUGACAAACCACUUCUUGCAAGCUCAAGUAAUUGCAAAUAGUUCUGAAAUUCACUUUUGAAUUCUCUACCUGUGUGCAUUUCAUUGAACUAUUCACCAUUUACUAGGUCUUUUGUGUAAUACUACUGUAAAACUCGGAUAUUGCUUCACUAGGUG